AUGACAAAUCAUAAAUUACAUACACCUAUGUACUUCUUUCUUGCAAAGUUUGCCCUUUCAGAAAUUGUUUUGUCCACUGUUGUUAUUCCAAAAUUCCUGAGCAUCCUUUUAUUUAAGAAGAACACCAUUUCAUUUGGGAGUUGCUUCACACAAUCCUUUUUUUACUUUCUAUUGGGAACUGCAGAGCUAAUUCUCCUUUCUGUGAUGUCCUAUGACAGGUAUGUAGCUAUUUGUUUUCCUUUGCAUUAUAUGACCAUCAUGACCUGGAAACGAUGUGUUCUUCUUGCUGCUGGAUGUUGGUUUGGAGGUUUUCUUUCUAUCUCUGUGCCUACCAUCCUCAAACUGAAUCUUCUUUACUGUGGUCCAAACAGAAUUAAUCACUUUUUCUGUGAUAAUAUACCAUUAGUGGCACUUGCCUGUGCAGAUACAAGACUCAUACGGCUGAUUGACUUUUUUCUGUUUUCAUUAGUGGUCCUGGGGUCUUUAUCAGUUAUUAUUUUUACUUAUACAUGUAUAAUACUAACUAUAUUGCGUAUCCCUUCUACAAUUGGUCAGAACAAGACUUUAUCUACUUGUUCAUCCCAUUUCACCACUUUAUCUCUUGUUUAUAUCAGUUUAGUAUUCAUAUACGUGACUCCUGCCCAAGGUUCUUCACUGGAAACAAAUAAAGGAAUGAGUCUGUUGACUAAUUUUAUUACACCUGUUUUGAACCCUUUUAUUAUGACUCUCAGAAACCAACAGGUGAAAGAAGUCUUGUAUGAAUUGAUAAAGAAAUACGCAAUAACUGAAUAA